AAACCUGAUGCCUUGGAAAUUAAAUUAAAUUAAAUUUUAAUUUUUUGUCUCUCGUGGAAAAGGAAAAGGUUAAAAGCCAGAGACUUUUUCACAACAGAGGAAUUUCUCAGCGUUUCCACAGCUCAAAUUCCGGGUCUUGUCAGAGAUUUUGCAUUUUUCGGUGUUGGGGAUCAUAAAGUUGUUGCAUUUCGAUCUGGGUUGUGAUUUUUUGCAUCGGCGAUUGGAUCGAAUCGGUGAGUUUUGUGAAAUUCGAGUGGCGAUUUAGUGUAUUGGGUUUGGGAAGUUUGGGGAUUUUGGUGGGUUAGGGAUUCGGCAAGUGGGGGGCUUCUUGUUUGGUAUCUGAGAAAGCAGGAGUUUUAAUUUGAGUGCGAAUGGGUGAUCACCUGGUGUUGUGUGUUGACCGCUUCACAAAAACUGAAAGCUUGCAAGGGAGUGAGACCCCAGGAUCUUCUGUAGAGGGUUCAAGCUCCCAAUCUGCUGAGCUACCCACUUGUGCCAUUGAUGUUAAGGGGGUCGGGGAGAAGGCUAUAGCUGAAGAAGAAGAAGAGCCUCUGAUUCAGACGGUUGAAUGUCGCAUUUGCCAGGAAGAAGAUAGCGUUAAAAAUUUGGAGGUCCCCUGUUCUUGCAGCGGUAGCUUAAAAUUCGCUCAUAGGAAAUGUGUCCAGCGAUGGUGCAAUGAGAAGGGAGAUAUAAUUUGUGAAAUUUGUCAUCAGUCAUACCAACCUGAUUAUACUGCCCCACCACCUCCUCCUCAGUCUGAAGAUACCACAAUUGACAUCAGUGAUGGUUGGACAAUCUCUGGUACCCCUUUGGAUUUGCGUGAUCCUCGACUAUUAGCAAUGGCAGCGGCUGAACGUCACUUACUAGAGGCCGAAUAUGAUGAGUAUUCUGACACAAAUGCUAGUGGAGCAGCCUUUUGCCGCUCUGUUGCUCUAAUUUUAAUGGCUCUUCUCCUCUUGAGGCAUGCAUUGACCCUCCCCAAUGGUGACGGGGAUGAUGAUGAUGCAUCCACUUUUUUUUCUCUUUUCAUGCUCCGGGCUGCUGGUUUUCUUCUCCCGUGCUACAUUAUGGCUUGGGCCAUCAGCAUAUUACAACGUCGAAGGCAAAGACAGGAAGCAGCAGCACUUGCAGCAACUGAGGUUGCAUUUAUGCUGCAGGCAGGGCAACGCAGGGGCUUGCAGUUCACAAUAGCUCCAGGACCUGCAGUGACUCCCCAUCAGGAGCCAAUUCAAUGAUUUGGUGUUCUUCAACUAUGGCAAUGUUCUAUUUCGGUGAAGAGGAUUACGCUGGAACUGGAAAUAUGAGCGUGUUGUUUCUGUAGCAUAAACAAGCGUUAAAGAGGAAAAUCAGAAGGCUUUAGCUUUCUGACUGUUGUGUAUCUGUAGUCGAAUUAUUUUACAUACUAUGUACAAGCUCACUACUUUCCUUCCUAAUCUAUUUCCCGUGUUUUGUACAUAA